CUGCUCAUCAUCGGCUCAGUUCCAUUCAAGAAAAAGUCACGUACGGUUUUCAUGUUAUGGUCGUGCGCUCGCUCGCUCGGUUCAGUGUAAAGUUUAGCUUGGCUGGCGUUCGUGUGUGCACAUAUGGCGUAAGGGAAGAAUAAUAUUAAACUUUUGCAUAUUUUGUUCCGAAGUACUUGAAUUGGUGUUUCAGAUCUGCGACGAAAGGAGCGUCUCUCAUCAUCGCCAUAGCAGAGGAAUAGACCAGAAGGUUCCAAGGUGUACCUAUUUGAGGAAGUGCUUGGAGUAUAGUUUCAUCUCAAAAAGCAGUAAAUAGUUGCCCUUAUCAGUUGGGACAGUGCCAAUAGAAUAACAACACAUCGUUCGCUGUUUGGCUUUCUGAUAAGGAGAGGAAGCGGGACAGAUAGGACUGUCCCACGGCGGGUAGACAAGAAGAGUCACAUAACAACGUGAGGUGAAGAGUAUAUUACGAGAAGUGACGAUCGAAGAAACGAGAGAAAGGCGAAGAAAGUGGCACAAAGUUGUCGAAAGAAGCAAACCACCGAUAAAGUGCAGUGAAAUCGCCAAAUAGUGAUGAUCGGUCAAUUUGGUGACGAUUAGAUGAAGUGGAUUUCGUAUACAGCAUUCGAUCAUUGGGUUUGUUUGUUUGCUUGGCUAGUUAGUUUGGCAGUGUUAGAAUUAGUGGCGCAGUGAGGGGCAGAAAUUGUGCUGCAAUAUGGGGGUCUGUUUGUGCAAGGAUAAGGUGGAAGAAGGCUACCUAAAUGAGAAUAGUCGCGAUUCGUACACGGCCAGUGGAAACGAAUUUGGCCAAGAUGGAUCGCAUCACGGUACGGGACGGACAGGGGGGUCCCAUGAUAGGGGCAGGUGCCUGCGAACCGAUCGGAAAGCAUCGUUGUCGGAUACCGUAGACGAUUUGGUGAAGGAAACGCUCGAGAUUAUAGGAUCCAUCGUGGACAAUGAACCAGAACCACCCAACUCGAUGGUUAUGCUGCAUGACAUUACCGACAAACCGACCGGUUGGAUCCAGCUAGUCAAAUCGCUGAUUCGAGUGGUCCCACUGGAACAUCCGAUGGGUCCGAGCGUAAUCACCCUGCUGUUGGAUGACAGUCCACUGCCAACGAAAGACUCAGUGUUAGAGGUGGCCGACAUGAUAACGCACUCAAUCAGACGCACGCCCAAACGGGAGCGCAACCUUUGCGUGAUUCUGGGCUGUCUGGCGGAGAAACUGGCUGGCCCCAGCAGCAUAGCGGUACUGUCGGACGUCACACUCGGCUAUCUGCUGGGAAAUCUGGAUGAAGGCAUCAAUCCGGACGUGAUGCUGUUCUCACUGAUUGCACUGGAGAAAUUUGCACAAACGAGCGAAAACAAAGCAACGAUUAAGCGCAAGCUGGCCCUUUACCCGGAAAAUCCACUGUCGCGACUCGAACGGCACACGGACAGUAAAGAAUUCAUUCUCAGACAGGUUGGCUUCUGUGCUCGAUGGUGCCUUGAUAACUAUUUCCUCAUCGACGGCCGCAAGUACUCGUACGAAGUGGCGGACGUCGACAACGUGAACGUCAUGCUCAACACCCGGGACGUCAGCGAGUACCUCAAAAUCUCCCCGGACGGUUUGGAGGCGCGUUGCGAUGCGUACUCCUUCGAAAGCGUCCGUUGUACCUUCCAGGUCAAUACCGGCUGCUGGUACUACGAGGUGCUCAUCAUCACUCCCGGAGUGAUGCAAAUCGGCUGGGCCACCAAAGACUCGAACUUCCUGAGCCACGAGGGCUACGGCAUUGGGGACGACGCGUACUCGAUAUCGUUCGACGGCUGUCGGAAGCUGAUCUGGCACAAUGCCCGCUCGAUGUCUCACGAUCUGCACAUAUGGAAGGGUGGCUCGGUGUUGGGCUGUUUGCUAGAUCUGGACGCGCGGGAGGUCAUUUUCAGUCUGGACGGAGUGGAAGGCGGCGUGUUGAAGCAAGUGUUUGGCAGCGCAAAGGAUGGGUUCUUUGCGGCGGCCUCGUUCAUGUCCUUCCAGCAGUGUAGGUUCAACUUUGGUUCGACGCCGUUCGUGUAUCCACCGAAGAAUCGUCAGUUCAUGAGCUUCAACGAUCAUGCGCAGAUGAAGGACCAAGAUAAGAUUGUGCUUCCGCGGCAUCUCUUCCUGGAGCAGCUACGAAAGCUCAGCGUACGGGAGGAUUCGUGCACGCUGUGCUUCGACAUGAGCGCAUCGAUUCGAAUAGAGCCCUGUAAGCAUCGUGGGUUCUGUACGACCUGUGCCGCCCAGCUGCAGUUCUGUCCGAUGUGUCGUGCCGAAAUCGUUAGCACCGUGCAAGAGGUGGACCUGGACAGCCCCCUGUCGGAUGAGGUAAUUGCGACAACCUGAUGAUAGUGAUGGUGAGCUAUAUAUGUUUGCAUCGAUCGAAACUGCAAUUGCCUAAGUAGGAAAAGCGAAGUGGCAUUAGAAGAUAAGAAUAGUCGGAAUUCCGAAACAUUCAGGAAGGAAGAAGAAAACAAAUUUUGUGAUAAUACGAAUAUUUAAAAGAAUAGCUAUCGUUAAUUUUAAUCUUAUCGACAAAGUAGAGCAGAUUUUACUUUAAAUGUAUAUGGCCAUUGUGAGACAACCACAUUUAAAUUUCUUAUCAAGCUUCUGAUUAGUUUAGUGUAAUGCGUUUGUAACAAAUUUUGUAAUUAAAUUAUUUUAUCUGGCAAGUUUGAUAUAAAGUCUUCAUAAUAUCUAGAAAAAUAUUGAUUGAUUUGAAAUCAAACAAGGAAAGUUGAUAGUCAUACUUUAAUGAGAUUAGUGAUUGAUUUCUAAAGAAUACAUCUCAUUAGACCCUAAUUUUAUCAAUGCAAUAGCAUAACACUUUAGAGAGCGCUGUUCUUCUAAUGAGUUUGCAAGAUAAAAUCACUGGGUAAGCAUUACUGCGCUGCGCUGAAAUGAUCAAUCAUCUUUGGCAUUAACUGACAUCGAUUAGUGUAGGCCUUCCAGAAAACAAACGUCUUCCGUACAACAAAAUUUGCACAGAUUAUAUCGUAGGACUAAAAAUCAAAACUAGAUCUGAGUUUGAACUGAACAACCGGAAGAGGAGUCAUCAUGGUUCCUGCUCUUUAGGUGGGCUGGAAAAAACAUUAUCAAGUUAUGCAGGUCAAGGCCGUAGAAAUCUUUUUCUAUGCCGUUGCGGUUGCUCGAAACGAAAUCCUUAAAUUUCCGAAACAGUUUCUUUGGGGAUGAUUUUGCGCGUUUUAAAUAAUAAUUACACUCGUUCAUUCGUAUACACAUUAAUACUGCCAGUGAUGGCCACACGUUUUAAACUAGAUAACUAGUUUUGCUUCUUAUCUCAGGAUUGUACUAUAGAACUAUUGGAGCUCACCUGUACCACUUUUCAACCGUCGUUAACAGUUGCAGUUGAAAAUCUAAUAUUUUAGGCGCACAAAAGAAGCAUUCAAAAUUUACUGUACUCAAACCUGAAAAUGUGAGAAAAUAAACUUUUAUUCUAAAUUUAA